AUGUAUCGAAACAUUCUAGUUGCCCUCAUUGCCAACGCCGGCCUCAUUACCGCGUGUACCUUUGUCAUCAGCAACAGCCAAUCCACCGUCAACUUCGGCGGAAGCAACUCUGUUUCUUGCUUAUUCCAAGCAUUCACAAGCGACAGUCCAGACCUAUACAAUGACCGUGCGGAUGCUUUCGCAGAGGUAGAUUGUUCCGGUGGCUGUGGAACCCUCACCUUGAACGGCGAGAGCUGGGAAGGGUGCAUCAAUGGUAUCAAUGACCUGGAUUUGACGGGCACUGCAACUGCCGUGGGACCUUCGACAACUGCUACGCUUUACCCAGGUGCAUCGUCCAGCUCGCAUGUGGAUGAUAACCCGCUUGCCUCUGAUCGAUACCAAUGGUACUACUUGGAGAAUGUCAGUUGUUAA